AGAAAAAGGUCCCCACGGUGUACCUGCGAGACGACCUGAUUUAUUUCACCAACUCCGAAACUGCCAACAUUUUUUUGCAAUAAACUCCAUAACCCAAAUCUCAUUACAAUUCAACAAACAUAUAUCAUAAACUGAGUUGCAGAAAAAAAGAAGAAGAUGACCUUGGGUACACCAUCAUCUCAAGCAUACGGUGAGCCAUGGUACUGGGAUAACCGCUAUGCCCAUGAAUCAGCUCCUUUUGAUUGGUACCAAAAAUACCCUGCCUUAGCAUCUCUUAUUCACCUUUAUGUGCCCCACCGCGAUGAACGCAUUCUCGUUGUCGGCUGUGGCAACUCAGUGUUUAGUGAAGACAUGGUGAACGAUGGGUACGAGGAUGUUGUUAACGUUGAUAUAUCACCUGUGGUUAUUGAAGCUAUGCAAACCAAGUACUCUAAUUGUCAGCAGCUAAAAUAUAUUAAAUUGGAUGUACGAGAUAUGAGUCCUUUUCAAGCUGGUUCCUUUGCAGCAGUUAUUGAUAAAGGGACCCUUGAUUCUAUCUUGUGUGGGAAUAAUUCUAGACAGAAUGCUACUCAAAUGCUUGGGGAAGUCUGGAGGGUCCUCAAGGAUAAAGGAGUCUAUAUUCUGAUUACAUAUGGAGCUCCUGUAUAUCGCCUUGGCUUGCUGAAAGAAUCGUGCAUGUGGAGCAUAAAACUGCAUGUGAUAGCGAAAUUUGGAGCAGAAGGAAGUUCCGAACAGCCAACAAGGGCAUUGACAGACCCAAUUCUGUUGGAUGAGAGUGGAAGCUCGGUGGAAGAUGUACUUGGAAAAAACCCUGACGUCCAUUACAUCUACGUUUGUACCAAGGAACCCAAGACAAAGGACUGAAGCAAACAGCGAUCAAAGAAGACAAGGAUGUCGAACCUUUUGUGCAAUUCUUUUUGCUGUACCUGAUUGUAGCAGGCUUUAGUUUCUGUGUUGUUUGUGUCAUGAUACCAUGAGCUAUUAAGAUUUAAUCUGACCGUACCAUAUUAAAAAGCACUUUGUAAUAACUGAACCAAUUACAGCAGUUGUUUUUGUUA